UGUUCUAGCUAGUGGUGGAUGUCUGUGUUCCAUCUAUAGUGCUCCUCUGCCACUUCACUUCACUUCACUUGUCUCAAACAUAAGCCUCAAACUCUAUAUAUAUCUCAUCUAGUUGAUCAGGACUUCCCAAUCUCAGGGGAGACAUAUUAAGAGCCAUUAAGGACACAUAUAUAAAAAUGGAGAUUGAGAUGGAGAUGCCGAUGCAACAGUCCAGGUUCAAGAGGAUCUGCGUCUUCUGCGGCAGUAGCCAGGGAAAGAAGAGAAGCUAUCAGGAUGCUGCUGUGGACCUCGGCAAGGAAUUGGUUUCAAGAAACAUUGAUCUGGUUUAUGGUGGAGGGAGUGUUGGCCUGAUGGGUUUGGUGUCCCAAGCUGUGUAUGAUGGCGGGAGGCAUGUUAUUGGUGUUAUUCCCAAGACUCUUAUGCCCCGAGAGAUAACAGGGGAGACUGUGGGAGAGGUUAAGGCAGUAGCAGAUAUGCACCAAAGGAAGGCAGAGAUGGCCAGGCAGUCUGAUGCCUUUAUUGCCUUGCCUGGAGGGUAUGGAACUCUGGAAGAAUUGCUGGAGGUGAUUACCUGGGCUCAACUGGGCAUACAUGACAAGCCGCAGGUGGGAUUGCUGAAUGUGGAUGGUUACUACAACUCGUUGCUAUCCUUCAUUGAUAAAGCCGUAGAAGAAGGCUUUAUUAGCCCAAGUGCUCGUCAUAUAAUUGUGUCCGCACCAACUGCCAUGGACCUUGUCAAGAAGCUUGAAGAAUAUGUCCCCCGGCAUGAAGGAGUUGCUCCGAAGCUGAACUGGGAGAUUGAGCAGCUUGGCUAUCCCUCACAGUGUGAAAUCUCAAGGUAGAACCUGUUCAUGGAGAGACACAUAUGUUUUGGCAGAGUGUCACUGUUAAAAUGGCAUCACCAUCAAGUUCAAGGGAAAUGGAGGAGAAAGGAGGAGGGAUUUUUUUUGUUUUGUUUUGUUUUUUUGUAAAAUACGGCUAAUGGCCUUUUACUCAUUAUAUCAGC